AGCACUGGAUGUGGCUGCUGAUUGGGUGGCUGGGACGCAGCUUGAUGGCGUCGACCUGGCGAGCAGAGGUCUGGGUGGCGGCCCCCGGGCGAAGGCCACCAAUGUGAGGGGGCUGGCGUCCCUGGCGUGCUGUGGUCUUCGGGGAGUGGAAAAUGGAGGCGCGAGCUCUCUCUACAUUUCACCAUGAGUUUCCUGAUAGACUCCAGCAUCAUGAUUACCUCCCAGAUAUUCUUCUUUGGAUUUGGGUGGCUUUUCUUCAUGCGCCAACUGUUUAAGGAUUAUGAGGUGCGUCAGUAUGUCGUACAGGUGAUCUUCUCUGUGACUUUUGCGUUUUCUUGCACCAUGUUUGAGCUCAUCAUCUUCGAAAUCUUAGGAGUAUUGAAUAGCAGCUCCCGUUAUUUUCACUGGAAAAUGAACCUGUGUGUAAUUCUACUGAUCCUGGUCUUCAUGGUGCCUUUUUACAUUGGCUACUUUAUUGUGAGCAACAUCCGACUGUUGCAUAAACAGCGACUGCUUUUUUCCUGUCUCCUAUGGUUGACUUUUAUGUAUUUCUUCUGGAAACUAGGAGACCCAUUUCCCAUUCUCACCCCAAAACACGGGAUCUUGUCGAUAGAGCAGCUCAUCAGCCGGGUGGGUGUGAUCGGGGUGACUCUCAUGGCUCUUCUCUCUGGAUUUGGUGCUGUCAACUGCCCAUACACUUACAUGUCCUACUUCCUCAGGAACGUGACUGACACAGAUAUUCUAGCCCUGGAACGGCGACUGCUCCAAACCAUGGAUAUGAUCAUAAGCAAAAAGAAAAGGAUGGCCAUGACACGGAGAACUAUGUUCCAGAAGGGGGAGGUGCAUAACAAGCCAUCAGGAUUCUGGGGGAUGAUAAAGAGCGUUACCACUUCCACGCCAGGAAGUGAAAAUCUUACUCUUCUUCAACAGGAAGUGGAUGCUUUGGAAGAGCUAAGCAGGCAGCUCUUUCUGGAAACAGCCGAUCUACAUGCCACCAAGGAGAGAAUAGAAUACUCCAAAACUUUCAAGGGGAAAUACUUUAAUUUUCUGGGUUACUUUUUCUCUAUUUACUGCAUUUGGAAAAUUUUCAUGGCAACCAUUAAUAUCGUGUUUGACCGAGUUGGGAAAACUGAUCCUGUCACAAGAGGCAUUGAGAUCACUGUGAAUUACCUGGGGAUCCAAUUCGAUGUGAAGUUCUGGUCCCAACACAUUUCCUUCAUCCUGGUUGGAAUAAUCAUCGUCACAUCUAUCAGAGGGUUGCUGAUCACGCUUACCAAGUUCUUUUAUGCCAUCUCUAGCAGUAAGUCUUCCAACGUCAUUGUCCUGCUCUUAGCAGAGAUAAUGGGCAUGUACUUUGUGUCCUCGGUGCUGCUGAUCCGAAUGAGCAUGCCCCUGGAGUACCGCACCAUCAUCACCCAGGUCCUCGGGGAGCUGCAGUUCAGCUUCUAUCACCGGUGGUUCGACGUGAUCUUCCUGGUCAGUGCUCUCUCCAGCAUCCUGUUCCUCUAUUUGGCUCACAAACAGGCACCCGAGAAGCAUAUGACACCUUGAACUCACUCGUCGUACAGACUGCCAACAGGCCAGUGGUGCCGGAAUUUGGAUAGAAGAGGGGAAACAUGGAGGGGACCAGGGCCUGAUAUUUUUGAAACAAACGAAAAUGCAUCUUCUACCUCCAGCUCUGCCUUCGUUCUCUGUUAUGCGUAGCAUCAGCUAGAACAUGAGAGUGAGGUAACUGAAGCCAGCGCUCAGCUGAGAGCAACCUGUAUGGGUUUGAGGCUGGUGCCGCCUGGAGGAGGUUGGGGGGGAAAGAGCCAAGAAACUAGCGGGGAAAUAUACACUGGAACUCGGGGGUGAGAGAAGUCUAAGGCAGCUGGGCCGAACACGUAGGAUUUCUGGUUAACACAAGGUUCACAUGAGAAGGUUACGGCUCUCCCUUGAAAUUGACUGUCACUAAAAUCAGAGAUUGUGACACUUAGCCUUAGCUUCAUUUUUAUCAAGGAUAGCUUGGUAUUAAUGUUUGCUUGACCUAACGUGAGUUGGCACUCCCCAACCCCUGCCCCAUUAAAAUAACCAAGAGAUUAUUGUUCUUUUCUAGGGAUGGGAUAGGGCACGAUCUACAGAUAGAUUCUACCAGGAGAGAUUUCAAGUAUGCUAUGUUUCUUGACUUCCUUCCAACUUGGUAUAUUUAAGAGGGAAUUACUGUACAUUCAAUUCAGUGAUGCCUUGUUUUUCGUUUCCACCUCCCCCUUGUGCUGUGGGUAAAACAAUGAAUAAAAGUUAACUGUAAUAAGUCAC